AUGCUAACAAAUUUUCAGGAUAUCAGUGAAAGUGUGGCGCGAGGUGAGAAAGAACAAAAAGAGGCCUUUGUAAGAGAAGCAGAUGAAACGACGAUAACGACAACUACCAUCAGUACACGAUCUGUAAUCGAAUCAGAAAAAUCCGAGGUGUCGAGUCCGGCAAAAAGUGUAGUGGCCCCCACUUCGACCUCAAAGGAUGAAAUUUCGAAAUCGAAAGCAAGUGCGACGAAGGAGAAAGCAGAAGCGGCUGCGGAGCAAAUUACAGCUACUGCAGCCAAAACAAUAAAAGCAACUAGCGAAGCGGAUCAGAAAAAGGAGAAAGAAGAACCGGUAGCGGAAGAAAAAGAGGAAGUAGAAGCGGAAUCAGUAGCAUUGCUGGAACCGGAACUGGAAGCUGAAGAGUCAGAAGCCGCACAACAAGUGGAACCAGCCAAGCCAGCAGAAAAGCCGUCAAAAGCCGAAUCCGUGAAAAAGACUGAGCCGGAGCUUCAGAAAAAAGCACCAGCACUGACAGCACAGGAGACAACAACCGAAUUGUCAGAACCAGUACCCGAAUCGCAGGCUUCACCGGAAAUAUCUUUAAAGGAAAAACUGGCUCCAAAGGCACCCGUCAAGGCAUUAACCAAGCCGAAAUCCACAGAUAUCGUAGAAGGACUGGCGCCAAAACCAUCCGCAAAAAUGGCGGAAGAGGUGAAAGCAGCGGAAAUUGUAGAAGAAUCGACGCAAAGAUUAUCCGCAGAGAUGGAAAAAGAAGCGAAAUCAUCGGAAGUCUUAGAGCAACCGACUCAAAAAUUAUCUGCGGAGAUGAAAAAAGAAGUGAAAACAAUGGAACUCCUAGAAGAACUGACGCAAAAAUCAUCGGCAGAAGUGGCGAAGCACGUGAUGUCAAUGCAAAUCGCAGGUGCAUCGGCGCCGGAACUUUCGUCAAAAGAACCGAAGUCUGAGAAUGUGGUAGCAGACCAAACAUCAAAGCCCGAUUCAUCAAAACCAAUCGAAACGCCAGUGGUAAAGCCUCCGACAGUGACAGAUUCACAAACACAAUCAGAGUUACUCGAAGAAGAGACGCCGAAGUCUUCAGCUGAAAUGGAACCGACAGUACCCACCGAACAGAUUACCUCCGAAUGUCCACCUGAGAAGAAAGCUGAGCAGAAAGUGGCCAUACCCACAGAACAGGCAACCACAACACAAGCAGCUGAACCGGCAAUGAAUGCACCAACGGAACCGGUGAUUGCUAAACAAUUAACUAAGCAAGAAGUAGCUGCAUCCACGGAAACGGCGGCCCCUGAGGAAGCUGAACCCAAAGCGAGUACACCAGUAGAACUGGUGACCUGCAAGGAACUUGCUAGGAGCAAAGUUGCCGCAUCUACGGAAAUGUCUAAGCAACCAACAGAGCCCAAAGCGAGCAAACCAACAGAAACAGUGACAUCCAACCAACCAGCUGCUCAGAAAGUGACUUGUCCUGCGAAAUCGAUGGCGUCAAAGUUGUCAACUGAGGAAAAGGUGGAAUCAGCAGCUUCUAAGCAAUCUUCUGAGCCGGAAGUGACCACAGCAACAGAACCGGUGCCUUCCAGACAACUAACUAAGGGAAUGCCGGCCAAAGGCACGGAACCGACAACUUGCAAGGAGCCGGUGAUCGCACCCACGGAAACGGCCACAUCUAAGAAACCAACUGAGCUGCAAGCGACCACUCCAACGGAGCCAGUGAUUUCGAAGCAACCAGAUGAGCCGAAAGCUAUCGUGCCUACGAAACACGUGAUUUUCAAGUCUGGAGCUGGGCCGAAAGUAGCCACAGAUAUGGAAUCCAAGAAACCAACUGGACAGGAAGUGGUCACAUCUACUGAACAGGCGGCUUCAAAGCAGUCAUCUGAGUCAGAAGUAAUUAAAUUUGCGGAACCAGUGGCUUCUAAGCAGUUAGCUGAAGCAGCAGAGAUGCCAGCAUCAGAUGAACCGAAGGACCAACCAACGUCGAAACCUGCGACAAAAGCAACUAAACCCAUUGAUGUUUCGCUGAAGAAAACGAAUGAAGCGAUUAUUGGUUCGGCAAAAGAGGAGAACCAAAAGGAACUACCGACCACUGAAAAGAAGGAUGGCGUGGAUGCCACCACUGGAGAAGGGGCAGUCAAAACGGAAACCGGGCUCAUGCAGAGGGAUAAAAGGAGGGCAGAAGAUGCGGCUCGGCGAAAAAAAGUGACCAACGAAAACUGCUUAACCUCUUGA